UAAAAAAAAUAUGAUUGAUUUAUUACUGAUGAUGAUGUACCUAUGUGGUGCAAGUGUGUCACUGGACCGGUUCGUCAUUUGAGCGAAUACUCGAGGGCAUCGCCGUAAUUUUAACCUCCCACGGCUCUUUAUAAGGCCCUCGAAAGCGGGAGCUUUUUAGAGCUCGCAUACAAGGCUCGUGUGAGCGCGACACACUGGUACGAAGCAAAGAAGAAGCCGAAGGCGCCGAAGAGUAAGAGAGAGAGGGUCGAGAACUCACCGGAGAAGAUGACCCGCGGCGGCGCCGGCGCCGCAGGAGACGACGACAACCUUGAGGCGCGGAUUGAGAAGCAGAUGGGAUGCAUGACGGGGUUCCUUCAUCUAAUCGAUCGCCACCACAUCCUCUCCGGGAAACGCCUCUUCCCCUCCGCGAUCCCCGGGUCGACCUCGCCAUCGGAGCGAUGCGAUUGCCCCUCCUCGCCGGAGAGCCGGCCCCCUCCUUCGUCCCCGGCGAGGUUCUCAGCGUUCGAGUUCGAGGGGACGAAGACGCCAUGGAAGCUUCGGGAAGCUCCUAGGUUCUCCCUCGACAGCCGCCUCCGAUCGGACUCCGGCGGCGAGGGGCGGCUGCGCCGGUCGCCGAGCGUCGUCGCGCGGCUGAUGGGGCUGGACGCCCUCCCGCCGAGCGCCGCCGCGGAGUCGAAGCCCCCCGAGCUCCGGCGAUCGGUGUCGGAGUCGCGCGUCCCGCGGGAUCCGGCGCACCGCCGGUUUCUCGACGCGGGAUUCCCCAAGAAGCACUUUCCGGAUAAGCCGAUCCCUGGGGAGGCUAGGGUUACCAGAGACGCGAAGAAGCCCCUACCCCUACCCCACUCGCAGAAGCUUCCGCCGCCUCCGUCGAUCCAGAGGAAGAGCUUCUUCGACGCGGAGGACAUAUUCCCGGAGCCGAAGCGGAGCAGCGGCGGGUCGACCGCGCUCUGCGGCGAGAUCGAGCGGCGCCUCCGGAUGCGGGGCAUCGAUGAGCCCGCGAAGGAUCUGGAGUCAUUGAAGCAGAUCCUCGAAGCUCUACAGCUCAAAGGCCUCCUCCACCCCUCCAGUCCCUCCCACCACAGCCGCAACCUCAUCUUCGAUCCUAACCCUAACCUCAACCUCCGCCGCGCCCCGAUCGUCCUCAUGAAGCCCUCCGCGUCGCCUCCGAGCAGUCCGAGCUCUCCGUCGACGAGGCGGAGGUCGCAUAUAAAUGCCGAACCCUCGAGAAACUCACAUCCGCAGCGUGGAGUCUCCGCCGCCCAUUCCCCCAGGAGAGUUGGAUCGGACCCCACCACCGUUCGAUCGCCGAGGAAUCGAAAACCAUCAAUAAAUAGGAUACGCUCACCCGCGGAGGACGAUACCGCAGUCUCUACCGCCACCCCAUCCCACGAACUCAAUCUCCAGGAAUCAACGGACGGUGGGGAUGCGUUGCAGAGGUCGAGGGAGGGGGAAGAGUACAACAACGGGUCGGGGCGGAGCCUCUUGGAGCGUUGCGAUAAGCUGCUGAGUAGUAUAGCGGCGAUAGCUACGACCGCGGGGGCGGAUCAGGCUACCGCAGCGGCGGAGCAGCAGCAGCCGAGCCCGGUGUCCGUACUCGAUGCCUCGUCGUGCUUCCUCGGAGUAGGCGAGGGCUCGCCCUCGCCCUCGCCCUCGCCCUCGCCCGUUUCCGCCACCGCCAAGCGCGCCAUCGACUUUGUUAGAGAUAAGUUGGCCCCUUAUUGGGAGGAGGACCAGUGGAGCCGCGAAACACAGACCGUCGGAUCGGACCCCGGAGAGGGGGGGGUCGAAUCCGACGAUCAGGAGGACUACAUCUACGUGGCCGAGAUCGUCCGAGCGUCCGAUCGGCUCCGCGGCCCAUCGGACGCCUACGCGCUGCUCGAGAAGCGCCGCCAAUGGCCGCCCUCCACGCGUCCCCGCCGCCGCCUCCUCUUCGACGCCGUGGCGGAGAUCCUCGACCGGAUGCGGCGCCGCCACGCGUCACCCUGGGACGCCUUCGCACGCGCCGGAGCGCCCCUCCCCCCGUCCGCGCCGCGCUCGCUCGUGCGGCACGUGUGGGGGGAGGUGCGGCGGAUGCGGGAGCCGGUCGCUGCGGCGGGAGGCGGAGAGGACGUCGACGAGGUCACGUGCGGGGCGAUACGCAGGGACGUGGCGGAUGACGUGGCGUGGGCCCGCCCCUCCGCCGAGCUCUCGGACGCCGUGCUCCGGAUCGAACGGCUGAUAUUCAAGGAUCUCGUCGCCGACACCAUCCGAUGCCUCGCUGACGUGGCGUCCCUCCCUCGCGCGCACCUACCCCGUCGCAGGCUCGUCUUCCCCUGAUCUCUCUUUCCCACCAAACACCUUAAAAGAGAAUAUAAAAUAAAUU